UAAGUAGCCAGUGCAAAGAUUGGGGUGCUGAGAUGCCAAGAAUUAGGGAUCCUCUUGUUGUUGGGGGUGUGAUAGGGGACGUGUUGGACCCCUUCACUAAAUCUAUCUCUCUCCGUGUUACUUACGGUACCAAAGAGGUUAACAACGGAUAUGAUUUAAAACCAUCUCAAGUUGUCCAUCAACCUAGGGUUGAUAUUGGUGGAGAUGAUUUAAGGAACUUCUAUACUUUGGUUAUGGUGGACCCUGAUGCACCUAGCCCAAGUGAUCCAAACCUGAGAGAAUACUUGCAUUGGUUGGUAAUCGAUAUUCCGGCAACUACGGGAGCAAUGUUUGGGCAAGAGAUUGUUUGCUAUGAAAGCCCAAACCCAUCGAUAGGGAUUCAUCGUCUCGCAUUUAUAUUGUUUCGACAACUGGGGAGGCAAACAGUGUAUGCACCUGGCUGGCGUCAAAAUUUCAACACUAGAGACUUUGCCGAGCUCUACAAUCUCUUACCUGUUGUUGCUGUUUAUUUUAAUUGCCAGAGGGAGAAUCGUUGUGGUGGAAGGAGGCCUUAAUAUUUGUUAGAGGACGUUCCAAACUACAAUUCUUAUGAAGGGGUCAACUUCAUAUCAGGUUGCUAAGGAUGAGAAAACUUAAAUCGAAAUCAAACAAUGUGCAGUCUAUUUUCGUUUGGAUUAGUCUCAGUAUUUUGGUCUUAUCAAAAGCUACAGAGGUCCGAUUGAGGUAAUUUAAAGGCCUAAACUGAUCUACUCUUCAAGAAAUAUAAUUUUUUUAAAUAAUUCGAGCCCAGUAGCUCGCAAAGUAAAUGGGAUUAGACACAUUUAUGAACUAUUUUUAGAUUUUCUUU